AACAACAACAUUGGCUGCAGAGAAAUGACUGGAAGGGUCUAAAGAAGUUGUUUAGUCAAAUAAAUACAGCUCUCCGAACCACUCUGCACUUCACCCGGUGAGCCUAAACUAGAAUCAGCGUGGUCACUUUGUGUGUGUGUGUAAGCAGGAGACUCAGGUAAAGGCUCUAAAAACCUGGCUGGCUUCUUUAACUGUGGUAUCUAAACGGCUAGCUCGUUAGCUCACAGUGUGUUUAUUGGUUAAAAUGAACGGCCAUCAGAACGGUUUCCAUAACAACUCGCUCAUUGAUGAAGACUGCUUCCUCUUCACUUCUGAAUCUGUCGGAGAGGGUCACCCCGAUAAGAUUUGUGACCAAAUCAGUGAUGCCGUGUUGGAUGCACACCUCAGACAAGACCCUGAUGCCAAAGUGGCAUGUGAGACUGUUGCUAAGACGGGGAUGAUCCUUCUGGCGGGGGAGAUCACCUCCAGGGCCAACGUUGACUAUCAGAAGAUUGUCAGGGACACAAUCAAAUACAUAGGCUAUGACGACUCCUCCAAAGGCUUUGAUUAUAAGACUUGCAAUGUGCUGGUGGCUUUGGAGCAGCAGUCCCCCGACAUUGCUCAGGGUGUUCACAUGGAUCGAAAAGAGCAGGAUGUGGGAGCCGGUGACCAGGGUCUGAUGUUUGGAUAUGCCACUGAUGAGACUGAGGAGUGUAUGCCCCUCACUAUUGUCCUGGCUCACAAGCUCAAUGCCAAGAUGGCUGAAUUACGCCGAAACGGAACGCUGCCGUGGCUCCGACCCGAUUCCAAAACUCAGGUGACUGUUCAGUACAGACCGGACCGAGGUGCCAUGCUGCCAUUGCGUAUCCACACCAUUGUGGUCUCUGUGCAGCACGAUGAGGCUAUAAGUUUGGACGAGAUGCGCAGAUGUCUAAAGGAGCACGUGGUGAAAGCGGUGGUUCCCGGUGGCUACCUUGAUGAUGAAACCGUAUACCACCUGCAGCCCAGUGGACGCUUUGUCAUUGGAGGACCACAGGGUGAUGCCGGUCUGACUGGGCGUAAGAUCAUUGUCGAUACUUAUGGUGGUUGGGGUGCCCAUGGAGGCGGAGCCUUUUCUGGGAAGGACUACACAAAGGUAGAUCGCUCUGCUGCCUAUGCUGCCCGCUGGGUGGCCAAAUCUCUGGUGAAAGCUGGGCUCUGCAGGCGUGUGUUGGUCCAGGUAUCCUAUGCUAUUGGAAUUGCCCAUCCACUCUCCAUCUCAAUCUUCCACUACGGGACCUCCCAGAAGAGUGAGAAAGAGCUGCUGGAAAUUGUGAUGAAGAACUUUGACCUCCGUCCAGGAGUUAUUGUGAGUGAUCUUGACCUGAAGAGGCCCAUCUACCAGCGCACAGCAGCUUAUGGUCACUUUGGUCGUGACGGCUUUCCAUGGGAGGUGCCCAAGAUGCUGAAAUACUGAAUCCCUACUCUAAUCUCAAAUCAAGCGGGUCUUAGGUGUACUACAGAUUAACCUGUCCAUCUACUUUCCUCCUUUCUCCUCCACCUCCCUCCUCUUCCUCCUCACACACAAACACAGCCACAGCCUCUACUUCAUGAAAAUAUGUCCUUUCUCCACCUGUUAGUAUUGUACACUUCUUUAUGAGAUAAAAGGAUUUCAGUUGCAGAUAUUAAAUUGAACUAGCUGUUGGAUAAAUAGUUCGUACAGAUUUGAGCAGUGCUGCCAGCUUUUAUUUUUGUUCUGGCAGCUCGCCUCAUUUUUUUAUUUUUUUAUUUGGUGUUUAAUGGGCCAUCUAUUUUCCUGACACUGCUAGUUAAGAGUGGAUUAACUUAACAUAUUUAAACCAUAUUUAUAGCAGAUUUCCAAAACAACAACAUGGGUAUUCACCAGUAUUGAUGGUGAUUUGUAAACCAUGUGUGGUAUUCCAAAGCUUUUCAAUUCAGAAUCUCACUGCAGUUUAGUUGUAGAAGGGAUCAGUAGUUGCAUCCUCUGUUGCUUUUUCUUUAAUGGCAACAUUUCACCUAACCUUGUUGGGUUUAUGGCAGUUUAACAUUGCAAAAACAUCAGCUCUGUUCCCCUCACACCCUCACCCUCUCUCUUUUUGAAAUUUUGAUGGCACAAAUAGGGUUAAACACUCGUCGAUUCAAUCUGCUCAUUUUUUUUUUUCUCACAUCUUUUCAGUUUGUGCUGUCCCUUUUAAGGCCAUUUUAUUUCUGACGUUUUACAGAGAAGUCAGAAGCUGCUAAUUACCUUGUGGUUAUGUUGGGCUGCACCAUGAAAUCACUCCAUUUUUUUUGUAAUUUAUUUUGUUGGUUUAAAUGUCAUGUGAAUGUUUCAAAUGAUGUUAAAUGUGUCAAUGUUCUACUGACCUAGGUAAAGGCAUGGGACAGUACUCCCUCACCCUUCCUGAGAAUGACUCUGGGUGUAGCUACAGAGAAACCCAGCUCAGUCGCCUCUGGGCAGGGGCUGCCUUCAUCUCAAGACAACAUUGUACUUGAAAUAAUUUAUAGAAUGGUGUUUAACUAUUGCGGGACCUAACAAGGAAGAACACUUUCUUUUUCUUUUUUUUCCACACAGUAUAGUCCUGACACCUUUUAGUCUCACCUGUACAGAAUGUGAAAGGUGGAUUGGCAUGGAAGAACAUGAAGAGUAGAGCCACAGACAGACCAAGACAAAGAGAUGAGAGGCAGCACACAGUCAGCUUAGUGAAUAUAAGACUUGGUAUUACUGCUCUCUUCUUCUCAGAAGAGUUAGUUUUUGUACACGCAAAGAAAUGGGAUCACAAUAUGUUGCUGUUAUGUUUGGAUCUUCCACCAGAAUUGCACAGCACAUUGUAGAGAUAACAAAAGUGGAAAAAGCCUUUUUUAUUAUUAAUUUAUUUGUUUUUAAAACACCAUGCUCAUUGGGUCAUGGGUGGUACAAGUCAUAUUUUUCCUGAUCGGUACACUUUAAACGAUCCGGGGUUUGUCAAGUGUGCCCCUCUCCUUUUGUUCUUUUAAAAACUUUUAAAGAAUGCAGAUAAAGUGAAAAAACGAUGUGUGCCAGAUUUAACCCCAAGAUUUUGUGAAUUCACAAUCUGUGCUUUCCCAGUUGCCCCCUUGACUUUACUCCUAGAUGUGUAUUCUCACAAUGUAGUUGCAGAGUUGAGGCUAAGCCAGCUGUAAGCCUGCAUGAGGUUGGUAUUCACCUUUUUAAAGUAAUCACAGUUGGUAGUUUGUUUGAUCUGUGUGCAAAUUGAGUAGGUCUAAAAAUCAUCAUGCAGCUAGGUGGCACUGUGUCCUUGAAUAUUAAACUGAAAUACAUUUUCUUCUACUACUCUGAUAACACUGAUAGUUUGGGUUCUCUGGCAUCACCUUGUGGGUCUUUGAGUUUACUCAGAAACCUCAGCUAGGAGCCAUAGGGUGGUGCUGAGCAUUUUAGAUUAUGGCAGAGUGAUCAAUUACUUAACCUCCCUCCCAAAGAUUUCUUUAAAAAUUAUGUUUGCAUCCUUCGCUCAUCCACAGACGAGACAAAUGCUUGGUUGGUGUAGUACAGAGAAACCAGCCUGUUUACAUUGUCUCCUUUGGGGGUGUUGAGGAGAGUUUUUCUCUGUUAAAUAAUGUGUUAAGGAUUACAAGUUAUUCUGUCAGUGUGGUUGCUGAAUGUGUAAAAGUGCCUUUUCUCAUUUUUUGCAAUGCCCCUAUCCCCUGCCCCCAAAUAUUGAACACCCCCAACCCUAGUUUCUACCCUUAAGGUUGCAAAAUCUCCUUCAAUGAUUAAUACGAAGGAGUCUGAUCAGUCGUUCAGUUUCUCUUUCAAACCCUUUAAAAAUAAACUGCGCUAUUCCUUGUGCUCAUUG